AUGGCUUCCAGCGACCGAGACGCUUCGGCCACUUUGGCGAAGUUGAACCUCCCACAGAAGAUUAAGCUCCUCAGCGGUCUCGGUUGGUGGCACACUGAGCCCGUCCACGAGGCAGGGGUCCAGUCUAUGAGGUUCAGUGACGGCCCGAACGGUGUCAGAGGCACUCGAUUCUUCAAUGGUGUUCCCUCGAGCUGCUUCCCCGCUUCUACUGGACUGGGGUCUUCCUUCGACGUGGAGUUAGCCCACAAAGUCGGCGAAGCCCUCGGAGACGAAUGCCGUGCGAAGAGCACGCACGUUUUGUUAGCUCCGACUGUCAACAUCCAGCGCUCCCCAUUGGGUGGUCGCGGAUUUGAGUCGUUCUCCGAGGACCCUCUUUUGAACGGCGCCGUCGCGUCUGCAUACAUUAAUGGACUCCAGUCGAAAGGCGUUAGCGCAACGAUUAAGCACUUCGUGGCUAAUGAUCAGGAAUUCGAGAGGAUGUCUAUCAGCAGCGAGGUUAGCGAGCGAGCACUUCGAGAAAUCUAUCUAAGGCCGUUCCAACUUGCCGUCAAAGAUGCCAACCCUUGGGCUAUCAUGACAGCAUAUAAUCGUGUCAAUGGCACCCAUGUAUCCGAAGAUAAGAGAUUGCUGGAAGACGUGUUGCGCAAGGAGUGGGGAUUUAAGGGAAUGGUCAUGAGUGACUGGAUCGGUGUCUACAGCACGACAGGAAGCAUUAAGGCAGGCUUGGACCUCGAAAUGCCAGGACCGUCGGUUAUGCGAGGGAAAGCAUUGGAGCGUGCACUUAUCGCGCAGAAGGUUUUACCCCGCGAUAUUGACGAACGAGCAGCCAAGGUCUUGGGUCUGCUUGAUCAUGCCCGUGCUUCUGGAAUUCCAUUCAAUGGACCUGAGGGCUCUGUCGACACCCCGGAAUUACGACAGCUCCUUCGAACUGCCGCAGCGGACAGCGUCGUUCUGCUCAAGAAUGAGAAGGGGUUGCUUCCUCUGACCAAUCAGACGAAGAAAAUUGCUGUCAUUGGACCAAACGCGAAACCCGCCAUGACAUCAGGAGGAGGAUCUGCCAGACUUCUCUCGACAUACACUGUGUCGCCUUUGCAAGGGGUCCUCGCUGCCGCAGAGGAGGUAGGCGCAGAAGUCAAGUACACGGUUGGAGCCACCUCCCACAAGUAUCUCCCACUGCUCGACCCUCUUAUUCGUCAGUCAGACGGCCAACCUGGUGCCUUCAUGGAAUUCUGGAACCAACCACCCCCCGGUUUUAUGAAGACGGACCCUGAUUUCAACCUUACGCCUCCCGCACCUGCAUGGUCUACGCCUACUCUUGGUUCGAAUUGCAUCAUGAUUGAUGGAGUCGACGAGACGAAAGUUGACCCUGUGUGCUGGAUACGCUAUUCAACCAAGUUUACGCCUGAUGAAGAUGGCGACUGGGCCAUUGGCGUCAACGUGACAGGAGCCGGGAAUGUCUUCUUGGACGGGAAGAUUAUCAUUGACCUUUCUACCAAUCCUCCUCCGGUGUCGCUUUUCACAGGCUCUCUCCCACCUGACACUCGUACCGUCGUCAAUGGCUUGAAGGCCGGUCAAGCCUAUGACCUUGAGAUUCGAAUUGACAACAGCACCUAUGCCCCGCUUAGUCCGUUCCCUUGCUGGGGUGUUCUUCGGGCUGGAGCUAUCCGAGAUGUGAACCCAGAAGCUGCCAUCGAAGAGGCAGUCGCUUUCGCGAAAGAGUCGGAUGUGGCCAUCUUGGUCAUCGGCUUGAACCAUGAUUGGGAGACCGAGGGAGACGAUCGUGCCAACAUGGAAUUGCCUGGCCUUACCAAUCGCUUGGUCUCAGAAGUCUUGAGCGCCAAUCCUAAUACCGUCGUUGUCAAUCAGUCUGGAACUCCAGUCGGGAUACCUUGGGUCAAUGAAGUCGCUACAUUGUUACAGGCUUUCUAUGGUGGUAAUGAGCUUGGAAAUGGACUUGCGGACGUUCUGUUUGGCAAAGUCAACCCAUCUGGCAAGCUUCCUCUGACAUUCCCUAAACGCCUAGAAGACAACCCAUCCUACCCGUCGUUUGGGAACAAAGGGCAAGAGGCUGGCAAGAUCCAUUACAACGAGGGCAUCUUUGUCGGAUAUCGAAGCUACGAAAUCCGCAAGCUUGACCCACUGUUCCCCUUUGGCUUUGGGUUAUCUUAUUCUCAGUUCGAGUACUCCGACUUGGAAGUCUCGCCGAUCUCUUCGAGCGGCGAGUUUGCAGUGUCUUUCAAGAUCAGGAACACUGGAAAAAUCGAAGGGAGAGAGGUUGCCCAAGUUUAUGUGUCCGACCCACAGUCUUCGCUUCCACGAGCAUUGAAGGAGCUCAGGGGCUUUACUAAAGUCCAGCUCCAACCUGGAGAGUCGAAGAGCGUUAAGGUCUCGCUCGACAAGUAUGCAUUGAGCUUCUACGACGAACGAGACGGCCAAUGGGUCGCUGAGCAAGGGUCCUUUGGCGUCCUCGUCGGUUCUUCGUCAGCAGAUAUCAGACUGCAGGGAGAGACCAAGCUCGAGAAAACGUUCACAUGGAGAGGCUUGUGA